AUGAAUAUAUCAAGAGUAAAUUCUACACCAAAAGGUUCAACAUUUGAGCUAACAUAUCCUACACAUUUAAAUGGGUUAAUACAACAAUCUGAAGUUUUUGGCAUUAUUUUAAUUAUAAUUGGAGUUGUGAAAGGAUUUUCAAAAGAAGGAAACCAGAUUUUAGCUGGAUUUGGUUUAAUUACAUCAUUCUUUUCUUUAUUUUUAUUUUUAAUAAUAUUUAUAAUUUCAAAAAUUAAUGUUUUAAAUAAAAUAAAAUAUGAAUUAGAUUUAAUUAAUGAAAAUUAUAAAUCAAAAAAUAUAAAAUGGUCAUUACGUCAUGAUUUGAACAUUAACUUUAUUAAUGAAGAAUUAUAUAAAAAAAAACUUGGAAAAAGUACAUUUAUGCAUGGAAUUAAAUAUGAUAAUAACAAUAAACCAUACAGAGAAGAGUAUAUUUAUUUCAUAGAAAUAGAAUCCCCUUCUAGAUUUUUACAAAAUUUAACUGUAAAAACUUUUUCAUCAAAUCAAAAUCAUUGUGAUACAAUUAUUUCAUUUCAGAAUAAUAAUAAUAGUGAUAAUAAUAGUGAUAAUAAUAAUAAUAAUAAUAAUAAUAAUAAUAAUAAUAAUAAUAAUAAUAAUAAUAAUAAUAAUAAUAAUAAUAAUAAUAAAAAUAAUAUCCAAGAUGAGAAAGGGAUUUGUAUUAAUGUGGAUGAAUUAAAAAAUUUUUAA